UAAGACUAAAAACAUCUAUUGAAAUUGAUAGUGCUGUUGAACAACUGACUAAUAACAUCGUAAAAGCAGCGAAAGUGGCCACACCCAUAAUACCAACAGAUGAUAAUCGCGAGAUUACCUACCCAAUGGAUAUAAAAAAUCUAGUUCAACAAAAACGCCGAGCGAGAAGAACAUGGCAUAAUACACGACAUCCAACAGAUAAAACUGAAUGGAACCGUGUAAGCAAAAUUCUUCAUAACAAAAUUAAAGAGAUGAAAAACGUUACUUUCAAAUCAUACGUAUGUGGUCUCUCUGCAACAGAUAAUACCGAUUAUUCGUUAUGGAAAGCCACAAGACAUAUGAAGAGACCUCGUGUUCAGGUACCACCCAUCCGCAAAGAAGAUGGCACCUGGGCUCGCAGUGAACAAGAAAAAGCAGAAAUAUACGCUCGACAUCUUGAACGCGUAUUUCUACCAAACGCCAUAGACUCUGAGCUUGACAUUGUACAAUGUCCGCAGCUUAGUACAACACGUAAAAAGAUUAAAAAUUUCACUCCAUUAGAAGUUGCUAAAGUAAUAGAUGACAGUUUAAACCCCAAAAAAGCACCAGGCUAUGAUGAAAUAAGUCCAAAAAUACUUAAAGAGCUUCCUAAGAAGGCCAUCAUUCAUCUUACGCACAUAUACAAUGCUAUUUUGCGUAUGGAAUACAUUCCAGAACAAUGGAAACGGGCACAAGUCAUUAUGUUGCUCAAACCAGGAAAACCACCAGAAGAUGUCACAUCUUACCGUCCCAUAUCCCUCCUUCCGAGUUUGUCUAAACUCUUAGAGAAACUUCUACUUAAACGUCUAAAACCAAUUAUAGAAGAAAAACAUCUUAUACCGGACCAUCAGUUUGGAUUCCGUAACAAACAUUCGACAAUCGAUCAA